GUCUCGGGAGGGUCCGCUAGUCGCGGGGCGGCGACGGCAGUGACUGGCGCGAGGCUUGGGGCGCGAACGCUGGUUCGAGGAUCAGGAGUAGGGCAAGGAUGGCCCUCCACCUCUGGACCUCAGCACCCUCAGCUACUGCAACUGCUUCCCUUUUGUUGGGGCCAAGAAAAAGAAUUGUUAAGAGCCUGUUGUAAUCAAGGUGCUGCUAUGGAGGAAACUGGAUCCUGCCCAGUGAGGACCCCACUUACCCUCCACAGGUGGAUUAAGACACAUGUGCAUGUAACUGCAGUACAAAGAGGGGUUCCUGUGAGGAGGAUGUGCCGUCUCCCCAUGAAGCUGAAGUGAGAGGAUCCAGAUAAAGGGGGCCCAGCCCCUGGCCCCGGCCAGGAUGGCCAAGACACGGCUCUUCCGGCUGUGGCUGGUGCUGGGGUCCAUAUUCAUGAUCCUGCUCAUCAUUGUGUACUGGGACAACGUGGGCACCGCCCACUUCUACCUGCACACCUCCUUGUCCAGGCCGCACCCGCUGGAGCCCCUCCCCACCACUGGGCAGGGGGAAGAGAAAGAGUUCACGUCGGACGUGGAUGAGUUUUUGGAUAAGCUGCUUGGUUCUGGCGUGAAGCAGAACAACCUUUCCAGAAAAAAGACAGAGCAGCCCCCUCUGCUGGCCUCCAGCAAGCCAGCACUGAGCCACCUGGAGGAGAGUGUGAGGGGCUAUGACUGGUCCCCCCACGAUGCCCAGCAGAACCCAGACCAGGGCCGGCAGCAGGCCGAGAGGAGGAACAUGCUGCGAGACUUCUGUGCCAAUGCCAGCCUCACGUUCCCCACCAAGGAGCGCUCCUUUGACGACAUCCCCAACUAUGAGCUAAACCACCUUAUCGUGGAUGACCGCCACGGGGUCAUCUACUGCUACGUACCUAAGGUGGCCUGCACCAACUGGAAGCGCGUGAUGAUUGUCUUGAGCGAGAGCCUCCUGGACCGUGGUGCCCCAUACCGGGACCCCCUGGACAUCCCCCGUGAACACGUGCACAACUCCAGCACCCACCUGACCUUCAACAAGUUCUGGCGCCGCUAUGGGAAGUUCUCCCGCCACCUCAUGAAGAUCAAGUUGAAGAAGUACACGAAGUUCCUCUUCGUGCGCGACCCCUUUGUGCGCCUCAUCUCGGCCUUCCGCAGCAAGUUUGAGCUGGAGAAUGAGGAGUUCUACCGGAAGUUCGCCAUCCCCAUGCUGAAGCUCUAUGCCAACCACACCAGCCUGCCUGCCUCGGUCAGCGAGGCCUUCAGUGCAGGCCUCAAGGUGUCCUUCGCCAACUUCAUCCAGUACCUGCUGGACCCCCACACCGAGAAGUUGGCGCCCUUCAACGAGCACUGGAGGCAGGUGUACCGCCUCUGCCACCCGUGCCAGAUAGACUACGACUUUGUGGGGAAGCUGGAGACUCUGGACGAGGAUGCUGCCCAGCUCCUGCAGCUGCUCAAGGUAGACAAGAGCCUCCACUUCCCCCCAAGUUACCGGAAUAGAACUGCCAGCAGCUGGGAGGAGGACUGGUUUGCCAAAAUCCCCCUGGCCUGGAGGCAGCAGCUCUACAAGCUCUAUGAAGCCGACUUUGUUCUCUUUGGCUACCCCAAGCCCGAAAACCUCCUUAGAGACUGAAAGCAUUAGGGGAGAAUCCUGAACACCAAAAAUGUGCUUGUGCUGUUACUUUGAAACAAAACGGAAGGUCUGCCAUACCAUGAUUACCCUCUGAGGACGGUCGCCACGUGUAUUUUCUUAUGGCUGCAUUUCCUUCCCAGCUGGACACACUGCAGAAUUUCACAUGCUCCUGUCAGGGAGGCAGCUGAAACAUCUGAAAGCGACGGCGCACACACCCCAGUUUUUAAACUAACCUGCGAUUUUGCAACGUGGACUUGUUGUUUACUCCACUGCCUAUAUUCAUUGAGUACUGUGUUAAUAUUGUUUUUUUAAGAUUAAUAUAUUUCAGAUAUUUAAUAUGAAAAGUGUAAGGAAAUGAUGGAGUAAAGCAAUACACCUGCUCUUUUCUGCCGGCCCCUGUGGUUAUUGUGGUUGAACAACAAAUGCACACAGGGAAGAGGCUGAAUGAUUUAAUGGUGGAUUCUAGACCUCAGAAACCCUAUUAAAGGAAGGAGGGUUCAUAGUUGUCUUCAGGGGAGAGAAGGGAUCUAAAUUUAGCCUCACCCAUAUUUUUAAAAGGGUGGCAGACAAAGGCAACCCAAAGUGGGAGCUCUUUUACUAAGUGAUGUAUUUGAAAAGGUAAAGUAGUUACAUUUGAAGGGCUUUCUAUUUGCGAUCAAGUCAGAUAAAUCGCCCUUCCUGGUCAGAGUUAAAGAAGCAGGGUUUCUUUUUUUUUUUUUUCUGGAGAGGUUUUGCUAUAGGGCGCGUGCGCUCGCCA